AAAAAGAAAACACAUAAAAAUUAAAAAAAUAAAAUACAAAAAAAAAACAUUAUUGAAAACACAACUGUUGCAACACAAACGAUACUAACUGAAACGAGUUAAGCAUUUGAAUAUUGUAUACGAAUAAAUCAAAAGAGAAAGAGAGCGCGCGAGCGUGUUAGUCGAGUGCGAGAACGAGACAGCCAAUGACAGUGCUAGACUUUCGCAGCAAACGUUAAAAUUUUGCACGCACACGCCAAGAAAAAAAAACAAUAUUUCAGAUACAGCAACAAAAGCUGCUCAGAGUUAGAAACGGUUAAUUAACAGUGAGCUGCUCUGCUAACUAAAAUGGAGUAUGAGAAAAUGAUAUUCAUGACAAAUGCGGCUGAUAUGCCGCACAGCUGCAGUACACAGUUUAAGCUGAGCACAGAACCCUUCCCGAUAAUCCAGCCAGACACAUAUGCGGCGUAUGCCUAUGCGGAUAGUUUUGAUUUGUCACUGCUGCCGGAGGACGCCGGAAUACCCACAACAGUUUAUCAAUACAACGCACCGCAGAUCAAGAUCGAGAGCGCUUGGGAGUGUGCCGGUGAUAUACAAGAGCAGGCAGUCGCUUCUGGUGCUGCUUAUGCCGGUUCCAGCCAGCAGUUGAUACCGCCACCGCCCGCUUAUCCGCACAGCGCCUACCCCUCGCCGCAGUCGAGUCCGUUGCAGUCGGAGUUUGCAACGUUUGCGUACGGCAAAUAUAACGGCAGCUACGAUUGCCUGAGCAGUCCGUGCCCCUCGCUGGACGCAACAAGCAUUAAGCAGGAGCUGCACAUAUUGCCACCCUCCCCGCCGGAGUCCAACUGUGAGACACCCUCGCCCCGCUCCUCCGCCUGCAGUGACAGCAGCAGCAGCAGCGGCUGCAUCAAAACAGAACCCUUGGAUGCCGACGUGGAGAGCUUCAUUGAUUUAAAUACACUACUGCUCCAGCAGCAGCAGCAGCAGCAGCAACAGGUGGACAUCAAGCCGAAUAAUCAGGUGCUCCGCGAGUGCCUCGAGGACACAACGUUCCAGCGCAAGCACAACCUGAAGCCCCUGGCGCUGGAGUCCUUCAUUGGCGGCCUAGCUGAGGUCCGCGGUGACUUUGAGCCGGUCAUAUCCCUGGCCCUGGAGCAUGCCAAACGGGAGGCGGACGCAAUCUGUGCGGAACUGCAAAUAUCGCAGGAUCCAAAUGGUUGGACGUCCGCACAGGUACACGCAUGGCUGCGAUCCACCUUGGCACAGUUCAAGCUGCCGCCGGCUGCCAAUCUGGAGCUGCAGUUCAGCGAAGAUGGGGCUGCACUGGCAUUACUCAGCGAGGAGGAAUUUACACGGCGAUUGCCAGAGAGCGGCAGCACAUUGCACGCCCAGUUGGAGAUAUGGAAGAUGUCCUAUGCCGAUCAGUUGGGCAAUCAAAUGGAAGCUGCGCAGCCGGCAAAUGAUUUGCUCUGGACGCCAACGGUUGCAUAUCAGUCGUCGAAUGUCAACCAUGAGGAAAGCGAAGAUGAAGAGGAUAUGGAGGUGAUUGCACCACCAGCUGUGCUGCCUGUCAUUGCCACGCCCACACCGACAACAUCAACGCCCACACCCAAACGCCCUGGAGGCACUCGCAAUGGCGGCGGCUCCCACAUCCAUUUGUGGCAGUUUCUUAAGGAGUUGCUUUCAUCGCCGCAGGUGAAUGGCACGGCCAUACGUUGGAUUGAUCGCAGCAAGGGCAUUUUCAAGAUCGAGGAUUCUGUGCGGGUGGCCAAAUUGUGGGGCAGACGCAAGAAUCGUCCGGCAAUGAACUAUGACAAGUUGUCGCGUUCGAUCAGGCAAUAUUACAAGAAGGGCAUCAUGAAGAAGACGGAGAGAUCACAGCGUCUCGUGUACCAGUUCUGUCAGCCCUAUCAUCAGUGAGGCGGAUGCUCUGGAUCCAGCUGGUUGACUAGUUCUAAGUUAUUUAAUUUAUUUGGUAGAUCUAAGCCCAACAUUCAACCACCCAACCAACCAACCAACCACCCACCAACUUCGCCCCGCAACUAUGCUCGACUAGACCCAAGGAUCUAGCGAGUCUUAGUGCUUGUACAUAUACAAUACUAUAUAAAUUUCUAUAU